CUCGGCACGGGGCCGACGGCUGCCGCCCACCGUGCCGCGAGGCGGCGCGGAGCCCGAGGAAGACGACGGCGACGCCCAGGUGGUCUUUCUUAUCCAGCUGUCUCCUAAAGGCCGCCCACAUCCUGUGUGCCCUCGGGCGCUUUUCCCCAGUGGCCGAGCUCCGGACCCCACAGCUUUGUGUCACCCGGCCCCUUUCGUCCUUUGGCCUUGGCAGAGCCGGGAACUCUUCCCCCGCGUUCUCCCUCCGGGAGCGAGUGGCUUGCGCCCCGGGCCUCCACCGCUUCCCCCACCGCGGGCAGGUUUUAAAUGAGGGCUGGCUUCGCCCACAAAGACAACCCCUUCCUGCCCGUGCAGGGUCUGUCCUUUUCAAAAUUUAUUUUGGCCCCAAUUUGUCAUCUGUAGCGGGACCAGCCAGCCCUUGUUGGCUCUCAAAGGAGAACGUUUCUUCCUUCCCCUGCGGCAGGGUCAACGCCUUAAGACCCAUGAAGAUUGGGUCUAGGCUUGGGAGACUGCCCCAGUCUCUAAGCUCCCCUCCCAGAAACUCCCCAUCCCCUUUUGUUUUUAAAGAAUCUCAGCUCCUCCUCUUUUUUUUGGCUCUUAAAGGGCUAGUGUGCCUUAGAUUAGCCUAGCUCCAGCGCUGGAAGGAUGCUUGGAGACCAGCUAGCUAGCUAUCCAGUGCCCUCAUACACAAAGCCACUGUGGCCCAGAGAGCAGAGUGACCUGCGAAAGGUCGCAGAGCAAGUUUCCAGUGAAGCUAGGACUCUAAUCGUGUUUUUUUCUAUGGAUUUGCUUUUAAAAAUGAAAACUGAAACAAAAAAAAUCCUCUACAAUGUGAUAGGAGCCCUCUCUGGUCCUGCCUUUUGUUUAACUGACCUGGGGUUCUCCACUAGCAAAAUGAACAGAAAGAAGCUACUCAUUCACUCUGGCCGGAAGAGCAUUUUCUAAAUAAAAGGAUCAGGACUGAAGGAAGGGUUUGGGACUGCUCUGGGUGUCCCUUUGACAAAAGGAGUGUCCCUAGGUUUUCAGGGCCCCUCCAGUACACGCCCUUCUGAUUGCUGGGCAGUGGCUGGCCCCUUGUCAGAACAAAAAAAUAAAUCCCCAGAAAGACUUAAUGGGCUUCAGUGGGUGGUGGCCACUCCCUGCCGCAGUUAUCUUCAGUGGCCACUCUGGUGGCCCUCUUGCCAUCCCUUCUCACGGUCACUGGCUCUCCCAGACUCUGGGGAAUCCAAGUCUCAGAAACUCCUUUUCUUGGAGGUGUUGACAGCUUUGUCCUGGGGAUCCCUGUGUUUGAGGAACUGGCUGCAUAGUUCUUCCCUGAAAUGGGAUGCUCAGGAGGCUGUAUUGGAGGCAUUACUGGGAAAAGGGAGAUGACCUUUGGGUGGGGCCCUCCUGGCAGAAUGCAGACAGUUGCCCCCUUUGUUCCUCUCGCCCCACUGCCUGCUCUGAACCAGCUGUAACCGCCCCAGCCCACUGCUCUCCUGGCUUUAUCCUUACAGCUUGUCCAGAAAGGGCACCUUACAGAGCUGGCUGCCUCCUUGGCUCUCAUCUUAUUUUUUAAAAGUCACAGUCUGCACAGUGCCCUGCAUCCUUUUGUUCUUGAUCCUGUUUGUAAAAGUGUUUUUACUCCCUGCUUCUCCUACAUCCCUUUUAUUACUGUUGCCAUCCCUUCCCUGCCCUGAACACCCCCUCCCCCACCUCCCUUUCUUAGCCUUCCAAGUCAAAGCCCUGGGGUUUUUUUUGCCUGGAAAUCAGAGAUUGAAAAGCUGUCUCCCUUUCCCCUUCUUCAGGACAAGAUCUUCAGCUGGAAGGGGGUGCCUUGGGGUCCUGGGGGAAUACCCCCCUGCCCUCCAGGGCCAGGGGACCAGCAUCUUCAGGCAGGAAAUACACAGACCAUUGUGAGGCCCGGGCCUCCAGGCCUGGAAAGAGCCGAAUCCCUGGCCGUGACCACCGUCGAUACUACCAUGACCACUGGCGGCUGGAGUACUUGAUGGACUUCAACCCUGCCCGGCAUGGCAUGGUGUGCAUGGUGUGUGGCAGCUCCCUGGCCACCCUCAAGCUCAGCACCAUCAAGCGGCACAUCCGCCAGAAGCACCCCUACUCCCUGCAUUGGAGUCCCCGGGAGAAAGAAGUCAUCAGCAACAGCUGGGAUGCCCACCUGGGGCUGGGGGCCUGUGGCGAGGCCGAGGGCCUGGGGGUCCAGGGGCCUGAGGAGGAGGAGGAGGAGGAAGAGGAAGAGGAAGGGGCCAGCCUCCCAGCUUGCCCACCCAAGGGCCCAGGCAAAACCUCAGCUGGUGGGGGCUGCCGGCGUCAGCGGCGGCGAGGGGGCCCAGUGGGAUCCCGGCGCCAGCGACACUCAGCCUCCCGGAGGGCCAGGGGCAGCAGGGGCCUGGGGGCCCGGCGCCUGGAGAGGAGGCUGAAGGAGUCCCUGCAGACCUGGUUCCGGGCUGAGUGUCUCAUGGACUAUGACCCGCGGGGGAACCGGCUGGUGUGCAUGGCUUGUGGCCGCGCACUGCCCAGCCUGCACCUGGACGACAUCCGUGCCCACGUGCUGGAGGUGCACCCCAGCUCCUUGGGGCUCAGUAGCCCCCAGCGCAAUGCCCUGCUGCAGGCCUGGGGUGGCGAGCCUGAGGCGCUGUCUGAGCUCACUUGGCCCCCAGCAGACGAUGACCUCGCCCCCCAGGACCUGACCAGAAAGAGCCGGGACUCGGCCCCCGCUGCUGGAGCCCCCUCCUCUGGGGAUUUCAGCCCCCCAGACGUAAAGGAAGAGGCUGGCUGGGUCCCUGAGAGGCCCGGGCCCGCAGAGGAGGAGGAGCAAGAGGAGGGAGAGGGAGAGGGGAUGCGGGCAGGGGGCCCAGGCCGUCCGUCCCGGGGCCGGGAGCGUUGGCGGCUGGAAUACCUGCUGGAGCUGGACGGCGGCCGGCGCGGCCUGGUGUGCAUGGUGUGCGGGGGUGCGCUGGCCUCGCUUGAGACAAGCGCAGUCGAGCGGCACGUGCGUCGGCGCCACCCGGGCACCUCGCGCCUCGGCGGGCCUUUACAGGAAUGGAAAGAGAAGGGCGCACCCCUGCUGGCCCUGAGGCUGCCUGGCCCGGAGUCCCCUCGGGGCCCCACAGAUUCCCGAGCCGCUGCGACCUCCGAGGCAGGGGAAGGGGUGGAGGCGUCGGAGCCGGAGGAGGCUUGGUGGGGUGACGUCCUGCUGUCCACUGGAGCUCCGCUGGAGAGGUCCGCCGAGGAGGAGGACGACGAAGAGGACGGCCAGGAGCCGGCGGGUCUGGCCUUCCCUCCCCUGCCGCCUCCGCCGCCGCCCCCGCCGCCCCGCAGCCGGGAGCAGCGGCGGAACUACCAGCCGCGCUGGCGGGGCGAGUACCUGAUGGACUACGAUGGCAGCCGGCGCGGCCUCGUGUGCAUGGUGUGCGGAGGCGCGCUGGCCACGCUCAAGGUGAGCACCAUCAAGCGGCACAUCCUGCAGGUGCACCCUUUCUCCAUGGACUUCACGCCCGAGGAGCGCCAGACCAUCCUGGAGGCCUACGAAGAGGCGGCGCUGCGCUGCUAUGGCCACGAGGGCUUCGGCUCGCCCGCCCCGGCGCCGCGCGACGGCGGCGCGGACCUCAAGCCGGGCGCCGUGUGCCGGGCGUAGCCUACUCUUGCGCCGGGCCGGGCGGGGUCUUGUGGGGCGGGGCGCAGCGCUCUUGUACUGGUGCUUCCUAGGCUCCCCUCCCCCGCCGCUGCCGCGCCCCCCGCUGGCCGGGCUGGGCGGAUCUUGGGGACUGGGGCUCUAGCUACUUAGGUGUCCGAGCUGGGAGGUGCUCUGCGGGAGGCGCCUUCGGCUGUGGAACCUCGGCGCUCCCCUCGCAGGGCCCCACGGUUUCCGAUCAGCCCGAACCCCGAGCGGCCUCCCAACUGCUAGCACUGAGCGCUUCCAGCCCCGGCCGCGCCCUCAGGCGCUCCUCUGCCAGGACGGGAUGGGGGCGCCGUCUGUCAGUAUUAGGGCCGAAGAAGGGGACGCGAGGAGGGCAGGAAGGACGUGCCGGCUCCUCGCCCUGGCCGGGGGCCCAGGUCUCCGUGGCCUUCCUCGCCAGCAGGCGCGGCUCCUGGCUCUGGGCUGCUGGUUGCCCUGCCCUUACUGGUAUUCUCGGCCUCUUGGAGGCCCCGGCCGCGCACUGGGGCCCAAGGCAGGAGGCGGGGCGCCGGGCUCAGGGGCGGGGCCUGGGCCGGGCCAACUGCGCCUGCCCCUGGCGGCUCCGCCCUCCUCGGGUUGCUGCCCCGCCCGCCCGGGGACAGUGCAAAAGGAUUAGCACUUUUUACCUAGGCUCUUCUACCCCGGGGGACUCUGUUUACUCUUAAACUGAAUUUUGGCGUUCUUGGCCCAGUGCCAGGUCCGUCCGAGUCCGGGGCACAGGCGGUCCCGGCGGUUGGCCUUCCCUCUACCCCUUUGUCCUCGGUGGACAUGCCACCCGUUCUCAGCUCCAGGGGCCUGGGGCCGGGCCUCGGCCUCCCUUUCUCUUCUCUGCGGCCGCGCCGGGCACUGCGGGGCGGGGAAAGGGCCCCGCGACCUCCCAGGCAGGUCCGAGAGGCAUGUGUAGAUUCAUUCUCCCGUGGAGAAAAGGCGGCCCCGAGAUCAGGCCCUUUUUUGCUCUUUGUAUUUUAUUUUGAAACUAUUUAAUGCUUUUAUAUGAAGGGGGAGGGGCGGGAGAAAGCUGACCCAUUCACCCUUAACGUGCAAAUGUCUUAUUUAUUAUGCGUGUAUCAGAGAUAAGCUGUGAGGGGAUGGAGGAAGGACCUAAGUGGAGGAGGUGCGAGGGAGAAGCAGAGAUGGGAGGACACUAAACGUCCCAGACUCUGGCUGCCUCGCCCCUCUGGGCCCAAGAGUUGGGAAGCCAUUAUGGGGACAGCGCCCUGUUUUAAACGUUAGGGUGGGGAGGCCAGGGGCUGGACUCCGGCGGGGAGCGGCCCUCCUGGCUACUGGGACCAGGGACUGCCUGGGUACUUGAGAAAACAAGGCAAAGGAGUCCUUUGUCUUACCCCUCCAGGCCAGAGCCCACGGUUCAAGUGCCUCAGGCCCAGUCCCCUUGACUUCCAGAUUGAGAAUUGCAUUUUAUAUCACAGGUUUUAUAGCAUUUUUAUAUAAUUCAAGAUUGUGACAAUUGGAUGGGACCCUGGAGAUCACUAUAACCGCCCCUCCCCUUUCAAGGAAAGGGAGAAUUCCAAAGCCCAGAAACCGAAAUUACCACACAGCCAGGUAGGAAUAGUACAAGAGCUAGAAUUAAAAAAAUCUUUUAACUCCCAGUUCAGCGUUCUUUGCACUAUACCACACUGCCUCCCAAUCUCUGAUGUUAUUAAAAUUUCUUCACCCAUUAGGCCCACCAAAGGGUGCCAUGUGUUGGGCACUGCAGGCACCACUGCGCUCUUCCGACUCCGAAGGUGGCAAAGAAGUGCUGACCUCUGUGGGACAGCUCUCGCCACUGUAGGCCUCAGCAGAGGUAGGCCAGCAGCCCCUGGCCAAAGUCUCCCCAGCAGGACAAGCCUAUGGCCUAGUGGCAAUCAGGAACCCAGGAAUUGGUUGAAAAGUGAAUUCUGAGUGAGGCUGGAGUUCCUGGGUUUUUGACAGUAUUAGAAAUUCAGAACAGACUUAAGGAUGGCACCAGGCUGGGGGCUCUGCCAUUCUUUUAUUACUUUCCUUCAUGCAUACUGCUUUCACACCUAGAAUGAGUACUUUUUUUUCUACAUUAUUGGUUCAAAACCAAGCAAAUUGGGCCAACUGAUUCUAAUGAUCCAAGCCCAUUGCUGAAGUGAGCACCUGCCCUUAAUAGGGAGGCCUGAGGCCCAGUGGAUGUCUGGUCUUCACUGAGACAGCCCCAAGCACUACAGUGGCUUUCAAAGUGCAGCCUCUGGGAUGGUAAAAUAUUAGGAACUUGGUAGAGGUGUAAAUUCUUGGGCCACCCUGAGUUUACUGAAAGCAAACUGGGUGGGGAGCCACCAAUGCAUUUUGACAGGCCGUCCAGUGGCCCGGGGCAGCUUUGGCCAUGGCCUCAGGUGCAGUGAUCCCUUGUGACUGUAGCCUCACAUUAGGGGGCAGGGUGUUAGUUGGUCCUAUCUCUAUGUAUGCCUCAUCUUGGGAUUUUGAUAUGAACAGGAAGUUUUGAUAAAAACAUGAAGUUUCAUGUUUUUUUUAUUUUUUUUUGGUUAAUGGUUUGCUUGCUAUUAUGGCCAAUAUGUAAAUGGUUACUCUGAACACAUAUUUAUAUACCUACCAUGUUACUUAGUGACACUAUCCCAACAUUUGUAUGUGUAUUUGUGAAGUUGUUUGCAUCAGUCAUUUAAAAUUUUUUUCAACCUAAAUUUUCUAAGAGUUGAAUAAAUUUUUAAAAUGCAGCUCAAGUCACAGCAGCCUUAGUUUUCGGGGCAAGAGCAGCAAGGAGUUACUGAAGCAAAAAUCUAUGUGGUGACUGACUCAAUUUUAGUGCUUUGUGGCUGCCUGUGGUUUAUACAAUGCUUCAUGUUGCAAUCCAGGAACCCUCCCAAGCUGGUGUGAGGCUGAACCAGACCCCUCUGGCCCCUCUAUCCUUGUCAUCUAUUUCUCCUGAGCUCACCUCUUAGAGGUCCUCUGUUUUCUUUCAGAAACCAGAUUGCACAACUGUGCUCUAUACUAUGGAAAUCCUGCAAUCUUGGGAAUCCAUAUUAUUUUUUAAAGCCUCCAAAGUGAAGUGAGGAUGGAGGGAGCAGAAUCCUUGUUCAAGUCUUUACCCAAACUGUAUAAAGAAUAAAGUUAGGAGAAUGACACCACA